CUGGCAGAGAGCUUAGGUUGGGAUAUCAUGGCCGCGGCGAGAGGCGAAGUGCCGAAAGAGCGAGAUCCCAUCGGCGAAUGAAUGAGCAGCCAAUCGUCCGCCGCCGCGAGUGCGGUGGUACACUGCUCGAUCCUUUUCAGGUUGGCGGUCAAUGCUCGGUCAACGAAAGGCCUGAAGUGCUUCAGCAGAACCGGCGAAAGGGACAGUCCUCGAGCUUCCAAAAGCGAGCAGUGGCCCAGGCAUAUCUGGACGCACUCCGCGACGGCCCUCAGCCCUCCGAACGCCGCCGGAGAAGCCAGGACGUGUCUGGUGAUGAGCCGCGCGUAGGCCUCCGUCUCGCUCACGGACCACGUCACCAGCUCCGACGAGUACGCCGGCUCGUCGUCGAAUAUCGUCAGCGAAUCGCUCGCCCCCUGUGCGAUCGUCGAGAACACGAGGUGCGAGAGCGCCGCCGCGUACGCCACCCCGUGCGUCGCGCCGGAGGGGCGGAGCGCCUGCGUGUUGCUCUGCAGCUUCCGGCGGUGCGACGUCAGGAGCAGCGCGUGCGCGUGGGGCCCGUCCCCGAGCCGCUUCAACGCCGUGACGACGGAUCGGAGCUCGAAGCCGCUGAUGGAGGCCUGGCGGGCGGCGUCCGCCAACAGAUUCCCCAGCUUCCGCCUCUGCUCCGCAAUGGCGGCCCGCAGCGAGGACAAAGCAGGCGGAGUUAGUAACGGCCGCCGAUCCGUUCCCGCAUGAUCCGGCGGAUUAUUCGCCUUCUUCUCUGCCUCGUCAAGCGCGUCUAACGCCUCGUCCACGCGCCUCUCGGCGAGCAGAACUUCGAGCGACUCCGUGAAGUGGACCCUCCACUCGUCGAUGGGGGUGGGCUCCACGGCUGAUGAUUCGAAGCUGGAGAUUUCGUCUUUUGAUAAAGAUUCGGGGGUAGAAAGGGAAUUCAGAUUUGUGGCUUCGGCUAGUCCUUGGAUUAUGGACGCCCGGUUAGAGAGGUGAUUCCUCAACGCAAUUAGUUGCCCUUCAAGAUCUGAUAUCUCUCUUGAUGUGCUGCAUGCAUUACAUACUAGUGUAAUUAACAACAACAAAAAUACUACUCACAUCCGUUCCACAAAACCCUUCCGGUUUUGACUUUGGGGAAAAAUAAGGAAAGUGUAAUUUU